UUGGUUCACUGCUUCGCCCCCCCGCCGGCGGCCCUUCCGGGGCCAGGCCGCGGCCCGCGCCUGCACCCGCCGCAGGUGACAGGUUUGUCCACUUGCUCCGAAGAGAUGACGGAUCCCUUCUGCAUUGGAGGUGGCCGUCGGCUCCAGGGGUCCAACAGGAGUGGACCCGGGAAGGAUGGUGGCCGGAAGGAAGUCCGACUUCCUAUGCUGCAUGACCCACCGAAGCUGGGAAUGCCGGUGGUCCGCAGUGGACAGACAGUGCCUGGCCAAGCCUCGCUCUGCUUUGACCCGGGAAGUCCAGCCAGCGACAAGAUGGAAGGGAAGAAAAAGGGGCGUCCAAAAGCUGAGAAUCAGGCUCUCCGAGACAUUCCUCUCUCCCUGAUGAACCAGUGGAAAGAUGAAUUCAAGGCACACUCAAGAGUGAAGUGUCCAAACUCAGGGUGCUGGCUGGAGUUCCCCAGCAUCUAUGGGCUCAAGUACCACUACCAGCGGUGCCAAGGGGGCGCCAUCUCAGAUAGGCUGGCCUUCCCCUGCCCCUUCUGCGAGGCUGCCUUCACCUCCAAGACCCAGCUGGAGAAACACCGGAUCUGGAACCACAUGGACCGACCCCUGCCUGCCCCCAAGCCUGGGCCAGUCAGCCGGCCGGUCUCCAUCAGCCGGCCGGUUGGGGUCAGCAAGCCCAUUGGUGUGAGCAAGCCCGUCACCAUCGGCAAACCCGUGGGCGUCAGCAAACCCAUCGGCAUCAGCAAGCCUGUCACAGCCAGCAGGCCUGUCCCUGUCACCAAGCCUGUCACGGUCAGCAGGCCCAUCCCGGUCACCAAGGCCAUGCCAGUCACUAGGCCUGUGCCAGUCACCAAGCCCGUGCCAGUCACCAAGCCCAUACCGGUCACCAAGUCUGUGCCGGUCACCAAACCCGUGCCGGUCACCAAACCCGUGCCAGUCACCAAGUCCGUGCCAGUCACCAAAUCCAUUCCGGUCACAAAACUUGUGACAGUUACGAAACCCGUGCCGGUCACCAAGCCCGUGACGGUCAGCAGGCCCAUCGUGGUCACCAAGCCCGUGACGGUCAGCAGGCCGAUUGCCAUCAGCAGACACACGCCACCGUGCAAAAUGGUGCUGCUGACCAAGUCUGAGAACAAAGCACCUCGCACCACAGGGAGGAACAGCGGUAAGAAAAGGGCUGCCGACACCCUGGACACCUGCCCCAUCCCACCCAAGCUGGCGAGGUCGGAGAACGGGGAGUACGGCCCAUCCACCGUGGGCCAGAGCUCGGCCUUCCAGCUGAGCUCGGACCCCAGCAGUGGCCCCGUGUUGCUGGGCAGCAGGCCCUCGGGGGGCAAGGAGGCUCUGCGGGCGGCAGGCCCCGCGUCCCUGCUGGAGGAGGACCCAGAGCGCACAAGGCACAGAAGGAAACAGAAAACACCGAAGAAGUUUACAGGGGAGCAGCCAUCCAUUUCAGGGACUUUUGGGCUCAAAGGCCUGGUCAAAGCGGAGGACAAGGCCCGAGUCCACCGCUCCAAGAAGCAGGAGGGGCUCGGCCCUGAGGACUCGCGGAAGAAAGUUCCGGCCCCCGUCACUGUCAGCAAGGAGGCACCGGCACCCACGGCCCACCCAGCCCCAGGUGGCCCUGAGGAGCAGUGGCAGCGGGCCAUCCACGAGCGGGGGGAGGCCGUGUGCCCCACCUGCAGCGUGGUCACCCGCAAGACCCUCGUGGGACUCAAGAAGCACAUGGAGGUGUGCCAGAAGCUGCAGGACGCACUCAAGUGCCAGCACUGCAGGAAGCAGUUCAAGUCCAAAGCGGGUCUCAACUACCACACCAUGGCGGAGCACAGCGCCAAGCCCUCCGAUGCCGAGGCCUCCGAGGGGGGCGAGCAGGAGGAGCGGGAGCGGCUGCGCAAGGUGCUGAAGCAGAUGGGACGGCUGCGCUGCCCCCAGGAGGGCUGCGGGGCCGCCUUCUCCAGCCUCAUGGGGUACCAGUACCACCAGCGGCGCUGCGGGAAGCCGCCCUGCGAGGUGGACAGCCCCUCCUUCCCCUGCGCCCACUGCGGCAAGACCUACCGCUCCAAGGCUGGCCACGACUACCACAUGCGCUCCGAGCACACGGCCCCGCCCCCCGAGGACCCCACACACAAGCCCCCCGAGGCGGAGGACCUGCUGGGCGUGGAGCGGACCCCGAGUGGCCGCAUCCGCCGCACGUCGGCCCAGGUGGCCGUGUUCCACCUGCAGGAGAUCGCAGAGGACGAGCUGGCCCGGGACUGGACCAGGCGGCGCAUGAAGGAUGACCUCGUGCCCGAGACCGCGAGGCUCAACUACACGCGGCCGGGCCUCCCCACGCUGAACCCCCAGCUGCUGGAGGCGUGGAAGAGCGAGGUGAAGGAGAAGGGCCACGUCAACUGCCCCAACGACUGCUGCGAAGCCAUCUACUCCAGCGUGUCUGGACUCAAGGCCCACCUCGCCAGCUGCAGCAAGGGGGACCACCUGGUGGGGAAGUACCGGUGUCUCCUGUGUCCAAAGGAGUUCAGCUCCGAGAGUGGCGUUAAAUACCACAUCCUCAAGACCCACGCAGAGAACUGGUUCCGUACCUCAGCAGACCCACCUCCCAAACACAAGAGCCAGGACUCGGUGGUGCCCAAGAAGGAGAAGAAGAAAAACCUGGCCGGCGGCAAGAAGCGGGGCCGCAAGCCCAAGGAGCGGCCCCCAGAGGAGCCGGUGCCCAAGCUGCCCCCCCGCCGGGACGACUGGCCCCUAGGGUGCAGAGACAAGGGGGCCCGUGGCACUGCUGGCCGGAAGGGGGGAGCUGGCAAAGCACCUGAAAAGUGAGCGUGGCGGGCCGGCCACCUUGCCCCACUCUGCCAGGGUGGGCGUAGCUGGCUCCAGGACCUGCCGUCCUCCAGUUCUCCAUCCCUUCCCCCGCCUGUCCGUCCGUCCAGUGGGGCGGCCAGCCACUCUCCCCUCCCUGCAGGCAGCCCUGACCCUGCUCAGGGCACACCUGGGUUUGGACUCCCCGGGGCCGGAGCAGAAGUGCAAUAGCCGGAAGGUCAGCCCUCCCCGGGAGAACAUGUCAGGUCUGCGGCGUGGAGCAGGCACAUGGCCCGCAGGCCCCCCGUGUCUGCUUCCUCAGGCCCUGCGGGAUCCCACCUUGGCUCCACCAAGGCUCAGGUGUCCCUGGCGACCCCUGGCUCUGGGCUGGCUAGGGCACCUGCACAGCCCUGGCAGCCACCCUCUGGGCCUCGCCUCUACCCGACACUGGAAUCCGGUACCCCAGCUACCUCCCAGGACAGACCCCCAUCCCGCCACUGCCAUGCUGACCUGGCAGGUGCCUGCCCUCCCCAAUCCACCACCUCUGGUUCCUCUGCUUCUGUUUUCUACCUCUCCAGGCCUGUCCUCUGCCCCCUCCUCUCUGUCCUGUCACCCUGCUUUGCCGUGCCCACGCCCCUCUGGCCUGUGUCUGCAGUGUCCCCCACUCAGGGCAAGGGAGGGAUUCUGCUCUCCCACCUGCAGAGUGGCAGGAGCAGUAGCCUGAGGCUCCCGGACAUAGCCCUAGGGGUGUGGGGGCCCUGAGCGUGCUCUGCCUCCCACCAUCGGCUUCCAGACACAGGCGAGCUAGAUCGGGGCAGCCUGGUAGUACAGCCGGACAAGUCUGGGUCUGGGGCCCAUGGGCAGGAAGCUGAGUAGAAGCAGCCUGGCUCUGAGUGGCCACUGGGGACAGGCAGCCUUCCUCCUGCUAAUCUGGGUUGGCCCAGUGGCCACUCCUGUGGGAGCCCCUUUCUCCCCCAUUUCUACCUGCUCCUUAGUUUCUGGUUGUGUUUCAUUUGGUACAGGAGCCGGCCAGGGGAGGGGGUUUGGCCAAGGUCACAGAAGUUGGUGGCACUCCAGGGCUCUGUCUUUGCUCCUGGUGGGGCCCCCCAGUUGGUGGGGUCUGCAGGUCGGGCAUUGGGUGGGUGGGGAGUCCAGGGAGCCUGGAGGAGGUGGCCGCACAGCCUCUGAAUUCCUCCUGGGCCCCCGCCUUUCAGCGUUGUCACAGGGAGGAGGGUGCUCAGAGGGGCGGGCUUGGAUGGAGGCCGUUUUCCAGGGGGUGGGCUGAGGGCUCAUCCUUGCCGAUCCUGGAUGAUGUGAAUUUUGAUAUUUGCCCGUGUGCGUGUGUCUCCUGGGUGUAGUGGAUGCCAGUCUUGUUGCUGUGACAAGUAACAACCUUUUUUUAAAUUCUGUUUUUUAUACAAAAACAACAAUCUGACAUUUUGGUGCUAAGGGUUUCCUGGUGCCCAUGGCGGGGCUGGGGGCUGGGCUGGGCUGGGCUGGGCUGGGGCCCUGUGCUGCUCAGAUGGGCAGUGCUGACUGGGCACCCCGCCUGCCCCCUAGUUCUCACCAAGGGCCCCAGCUGGGCUCAGCUCUUCUUGCCCCGCAACAGGGAGGCAAGUUGCAGGGGGGCUUUGGGGCUGGCUGGGGUUGCUGUGCUCUGUCUCUGGCUCUUUCCUUUGGCCAGAAGGCUCUGACCCCGGGCAGCCCUGUUGUGGUGUGCUAGGGAGGGGUUGUGGGGGUUUGGACUCCCCUCACCCUCACCUUGACCUAGUCAGAGGAUGGGGCUUGGACAGGUGGGGGCGGUCCAGCGGUGAAGGUCAAAGAGUGGGUGGGGUUUGGGGCAGGAGGGCUUCCCUUGCUGUGUUCCAGAGCUUCACCGGGGUGUGCAGCUGGUGGUGGGGGGAUGGGGCCAGGCAGCUCUGCAGGGGCGGCCUCUUGAGUGGCGGGGGGAGCAGACGCUGGGCUGGAGUUUAGGUGCACUUUGUCCUUGUCACCAAUGGUGGGGCAGGUUGGACCCCAACACCUCUGCUGGGUGUGGCUGCCUGCCCCAGCCUCUCAGGUACUUGGCCCUUAGGGAGGGGGGUCUGGUUUCUGCUGGGGGGUGAGUUUCCAGGACACCCUAAAAGCCCACAGAUAGUCCUCCUGUGGGAAGGGGGUGCCCUGGAUGACUUAUGUUUAGCACUUUAACCCCCUUUGUAAAGUAGGUGUGGGGGCUGCUGCCAAAUGUGGCCGUUGGGUCUAAGCGCCCCCACCCCCCUCUCCCCCAGGUGCUGGCAAGCUGGUCUGCAGGGCCCUCCUCCCAAGGAGGUGGGGGCUCCAGGGGGCUCAGAAGGAUCUGCCCGCCUCCACUCUGGCCCACAUGUGGCCAGGUGAGCACCCUGGAUGCCUCCAUGAGGGGGGCCAGCGUGGUAGACCCCGGGGUGUGGUGGGCACGGUCCCUGCCCGCAGCCGGGUCUGGAGCCCUCUCUGCGGAUCUACCUCUGGCUCAGCGCAACUCCCCACCCCAAAGAACAGGAGAGUGCCCGCAAGGGCUGACUCAAGGGGCUGACACUUCACACGAAAAUAGGGUGCACUUUAUUUGCCCGGCAAAGGCAGUUGAGGGGAGCCUCCUCCGUGCUGUUGGGGGUACCCUGACGGGGAGGGCUGUCCCCACACCCCUACUGGGGCCCCGGCGGCUCUCCUCGGGGCCUGAACUGGGAGGUCCAGCGGGUCAUACCCCCUGCCUGGUGGCCACGCGUCCUAUACCUGGGGUUUCUUGGUUUGGGUUUUUAUCGCCAGUUCUCAGUACAUAAGUGCAUUUCGAGAGGCUCCAGCUAUCACUUGUAACCAUAUAUAUACAUAUAUAUUCUAUCUACAAAGUGUUUAUUUGCAAGAUGUUUUGACGGUGAGCUCGGGCCGCCCGCCCUGUGACCAUCUGUCCCCAGUCCUCGUCCCCGCCCCGCCCUGGCCCGAGUGGCGCGGGGCGGGCCAUCACUGUAUGUAUUAAAGAUGACUGUAUCGAAUAAAUGUUUAUUGAUUUUUUUUCCA